GGCACAGUUCAGUGUCAUUCAGCUCGUGUAAAUGUAAAGAUGUCUUUUGCAGCCGGUGCUGCAACUUUCAACAGUUGUAACAAGGCAGGAUCAAUAGUUCAAUUUACUGAACACCUCAGGAAAUUUCCACACGACUAUAAUUCACUGAUUUGGCGAUCUAAGGCUCACAGCAUUGUUGGUAAUCGACAGUUGGCUCUGUAUGACUUACAACAUGCAAUCUCUGUCAGCAGUGGUGUUAAACGAGAUGUUGCUGAAGGUGAAUUUGUGUUAUUAUCUACACGUAACUUAGAACAAUUUGGAUGUUAUACGAGAAGAACAGUUGACAGGUUUAAAAAUGAAUGGAGGGCUUGGGAACAACUUGGUAAUUAUCAUUCCUUCAAAAGGGAAGAAGAAAACGCCACACACUGCUGGGAAACUUCGCUAUCUCUUGCAACCAAAAAUCAUGAGACGAAGGAUCCAGGUAUAUGCUGGAUUGAUUAUCAAAUUGGAAAAUAUCGACUGAAAAAGGGAGAAAUAGAGGCUGCAAAGUCAUACUUUUCAGAUGCGGUGGAGUCUUGUGAAACCCACACUGUGUCGCAUAUUCAAUUAUGUGAAUGUAACAUCCAGCAAGGUAACCUACUCGAGGCCAAGGAACAUUUCCAGAUAGCUUCAAAACUUAAUCCAGAAUUGUCUUCGUCACAUUUUGAAAACAACAGUUUUGAUGAGUAUCUCUUGCAAAAGUCAGUAAAAUCUCUUUCUUUGGAACGUCCCUUAGCUUCUAGAUCAAGGGUUAAAGAUGUGGCUGGAAAAACUGGUAGUGGAUCAGGUGGCGGUGGUACCCGUGGCGGAGGAGAUAGCAGCGAUGACGACGAAGACGUAAAUGCGGUGUGGACAAGGUUAAGGAAUGAGGCUCCAUGUAUUAAGAGGUAUAGAGGUAAUACGUAUGCUCAAUCCAAAUGUGGGAAGUUCUGGUACAGCAAAGACACAGCUGGGCACGGUGGUGCGCAGUUCAAAAGAUAUGAUAAUACCCGUUCCGAGUUGCGAUUUAAAGAUUCAGUUGAUGUAAAAUUGAAGCCUUUAUUGGGAAAACACGAAUCAAGGGAGAAUCAAGUCAUUGAAAAGUCAGGAAUGGUUGGGGUGAAUAGAAAAAAAGCGAUUAGAAACUAAAAUGCCAAAGAUUUGUUUUCGUAAUUAUUGGACAACUGUGUUUUAAGAAAGAAUAUAAAUAAAUUCAAGAUAUGUUUCAGAUUGAACAAUGUGCUCUUUCGUUGCAAUAGAGUUUCGUGUAUAACGCAAUUCAGUUUUAAUCAGAGCUUACAUUGUUGUUUUAUGUUUGUUUGCUGUAUGUGUAAUUUCUUGUCCUUGUAUUUUAUUUCUACAACGGAUUCUAAUACACGGAUUCUAAAAUUGGUUUUUAAAAUCUAUUUUGUAAAAUAAUGUAUAUUAUUAUGACAAAAUUAGUUAGCUGAUUUAGCCCAUAAUUGAAGGUAUGUAAUAUCAACAAA